AUGUCGGGUCUGGGCGAGCGCAGGCCGGUCAACGCGGACUACGCCGUCUCGCUGCUGGAGCAGCUCAAGUUCUUCUACGAGCAGAAGCUGCUGACGGAUGUGGUGUUGCUGGUGGACGACAGCGAGUUCCCGUGCCACAAGAUGGUGCUGGCCGCGUGCAGCUCCUACUUCAGGGCGAUGUUCAUGGGUGGCCUGAGCGAGAGCAAGCAGACGCACGUCCACCUGAGGAACGUGGACGCCACCACGCUACAGAUCAUCAUCACCUACGCCUACACGGGCCAUUUGGCCAUCAGCGACAGCACCGUGGAGCCGCUGUACGAAACCGCCUGCUUCCUGCAGGUGGAGGACGCCCUGCUGCAGUGUCGCGACUACCUGGUGAAGAAGAUCAACCCGGAGAACUGCGUGCGCAUGCUGAGCAUCGGCGACCUGUUCAGCUGCAGCGAGCUCAAGCAGAGCGCCAAGCGCAUGGUGGAGCACAAGUUCCCCACCGUGUACCGGCAGGACGCCUUCCUGCAGCUGUCGCACGAGUUGCUCGUGGAUGUCCUGAGCAGCGACAACCUCAACGUGGAGAAGGAGGAGACGGUCCGCGAGGCGGCCAUGCUUUGGCUAGAGUACAACAUGGAGGCGCGCUCGCAGCACCUGUCGUCGGUGCUCAGCCAGAUCCGCAUCGACGCGCUGUCGGAGGUGACGCAGCGGGCGUGGUUUCAGGGCCUGCCGCCCAACGACAAGUCGGUGGUGGUGCAGGGGCUCUAUAAGUCCAUGCCUAAGUUUUUCAAGCCACGCCUGGGAAUGACCAAGGAGGAGAUGCUGAUCUUUAUGGAGGCGCUGUCGGAAACGACGGGCCUGAGCGUGAUGAUGUCCAUGACGCCCGGCGCCAUGGUGUGCUACAGCCCCCAGGCGGAGAAGGUUUACAAACUCUGCAACCCGCCGCAGAACCUGCGCAAAAUGGGGACCCUGGUGACGCCCGACAACGACUUGUUUAUCGCCGGCGGAGAGAUCGUCCUGGAGAACGCCGUCGGGCGUGGAGGCGGCCCGCAAGUGCUGGUGGACUCGGUGGACAGUUUCUUCUGGCUGGACGCGCAGCAGAACUCCUGGGUGGCCAAAACGCCCAUGCUGUGCGCCCGCCGCAAGCCCUCGCUGGUGUACUGCGACGGUUUCAUUUACGCCGUGGGCGGAGACAGAGUGGGCGGCGAGCUGGACCGCCGCACGGUGGAGCGCUACGACCGCGCCAAGGACGAGUGGACCAUGGUGAGCCCGCUGCCGGCGGCGUGGUUCUGGAGCACCUGCGUGGCGGCGCACGGCUGCAUCUACUUGCUUACGCACGACCUCACGUACUGCUACCUGCCGCGCGCCGACGCCUGGGCCGAGAUGGCAACGCGCAAGAUCAGCCGCUGCUACGCCUCAGCCGCCGCUUUCGGGGACUUCAUCUUUUACCUGGGCGGCGCGGACAUGAGAGACGGCGGGGGCGCAAGGCUACCCCUGCCCGGCCCGGCUGACGUCUCCUCGCUAGUUGUGGAGAUCUACGACGUCCACAAAAACGAGUGGAGGCGUGCGGCCGACGUGCCGACUAAGCGCUACUCGGACCCCUGCGUGCGCGCUGUGGUGCUGCUGGACGGGUUGUGCGUAUUCAUGCGAGAGACUCCCAUGCACGACAGGCCCAAAUACUCCAUCUACCAGUACGACGUGGAGCUGGACAGCUGGUUCCUGAGGCAACCCGUGUCUGAGCGUGUGCUGUGGGAGCUGGGCAACGCCUUCCACUGUGCCGUGGGGAAGCUCUACCCGUCCUGCCUAGAGGAGUCUCCAUGGAAGCCGCCCGCCUACCUCUUCUCGCCCGACGACGCAGAGGAAUUCGAAGUGGACGGCGAGUUGGUCUCCUUCCCCCUGGCGUAG